AUUUCUAACAUUUAUGGAGCCGCCAUGCACAUCAGACUGCAGCCAGAUAAAAGUCUUCUACUAUCUCGACGAUGAAACGACUCCCUAUGUUUCUGUUAUUGAAGCCAGAGAAGGAGUAGCGACGCUUGGAAAUUUCAAAAAUUCAUUCACCAAGCGUGGAUAUAAGUAUUAUGCGAAGGAACUUGACCCGGAUAUUCAACGAGAAGUUAAAGUCGAAUUAACAACUGAUUCGGAUCGGCUGCGCAAAUCCCAGAAUGGAUUUUAUGAGAUUUUUCUCGUUAGCACUCCAGGAUAUGGAACUCUUCCUCGAAACAGUGGAACAAUGACGCGACCACAGAGAACUGCUCUAGAUAAGCGCCGCCGACGAAGUGCAGACUUUGACGCGACUCCGUACUCUGAUGCUAGUCUUGCUCCGAGCACCAUUGUUAGCAGAAGAGCAGGAGAGCAUCUGGCAGAAUUAUACACUUCAAAUUCAGAGGAUCCGUAUCAAUAUGACGAGCAUACACGUCGAACAGGAGAUGAUUCUUCGCUCUACGAACCUCUCGCUGCUCGUGAUAUGAAUAAGAUAUACGAUGACGAUAGAAGAAGGAAAAAACAAAAGAAAGAAAGAUUCAGAAGACCGUAUGUUCCAAGUACUAUUAGCUCAGCGACGGAAUCAAGUGUUAACAGCGGCCUCCCUCGAAUUCUGGAAAUUUAUCUACCAAUGAAAAAUGUUCCAUAUCUGGGACUGAGCGUGUGCACAAUUGAUGGUCAUAUAUUCGUUUCCGAAAUUGCACCAGAAGGUGCCGUUGAAAAAGAUGGACGUGUGAACGUUGGUGAUCAGAUUCUUCAAGUUAAUAGAGUAUCCUUUGAAGAACUCAGUGGGCCUCAAGCAGUUCGUUCGCUCAGAGAAGCUGCAUCCUCCAAAAGACCAAUUACUCUUUAUAUCAGUAAGUUUGCAAGAGGUGCCCCAAGUGAAUAUGAUGAUCCACUCGCGUCCAUGGCGUCUGAAACGAUGCCCCUCGACGUUGGAGUUUGGGUAGAAACCGCUGUGCAGAACACUGAAAAAAUGAAAGCUCUGGGUUUGGAUCCACAGGAGCAAACGGCAACUACAAUUGAUGACGGAACUCUUCCAUUUACAUCGACAGCUUCUGAUGAUGAGGAGCGAAUGCUUUACGAUCAACGUAGAAAUGGAAUUCCAAGAGCUUUGAUUGAAGAAGCAGAAAGAAAACGAGAAAAUGAGCAAAAUGAAAAAAUAGAGCAACUCACAGAAAUGAUUGAUCCCAUUAUUGUUGUUCGUUCUAUGGCUCGUCCGGAUUCAGGAUUAGCUGUCAAAAAUCGAAAAUGGCUGAAAAUUUUGGUUCCAAUGUCUUUUAUUGGCCGAGAUCUAGUCGAUUGGCUCGUUGAUCACAUGGCUGAUAUUCAUAAUCGGAAGAAAGCUAGAAUCUAUGCUGCGAGAUUGUUAGCUGCUGGUCUUAUCAGACAUGUCGUCAGCAAGUUGACAUUCACAGAAAAGUGCUACUAUGUAUUCGGUGAUGGAAUUCUUGGCAAUGAUCGUAAUUCCACGGACACCACUGGUACGAGUGGAACUACAAUGCGAGUUGAAGCAACUACUGAAGUGACGUAUGUUGGCUCACCAGCACCACAUGCUCUGGCAGCACGAGUUGGAAGAAAUAUUCCUCAUCGAUUAGAAACCACUACUCUAAGCCCAGUUGCUCAUGACCAAACAUGGCUUCGAAGACGUCGAGAUUGUGAGAGUCCUAUGACAAAUGAUUACGCAUCGAUGGUCGGAGAAAGCCAAAUUGGAAUGAAUCCAGUCGGAAAUUAUCAUGUUUUUGGGACGAAAAAUAAUCACCGUCAGGUACCGGCACCUUCUCAAGUGACAUCCUCAAGCUUGACAAACGUUACAAAUUCCAGGAAGUGGUGGCUUAGGAGGCCCUCCGCCGACUCCUCUAUCCAGUACUAUGGUUCUAGCAGCUUCUCCGAUUCAGUCGCAGAACGCAGUCAACCACGAUUUCGACGGGGAGAACAGUAGCAACAGCAGAACGCGUAUUUUACGGACUUAAAAUUUAAAACUCAUUGCCUUUACCGAUUCUCGCCUUAAUUCCCACAUGCUUUAUUAAUAUUUAAAACUAUGCCCUGUUUUCAUGUAUUUCAGUAAGACUAACGUUUUCAUUCAUUCAUGUAAUUUUGAGUCUAUUUAUGAAUUAUUUUAAAUUUC